AUGGCUAAGCCUUUCAUAGGAGAUACUGUCAAUCUCCUCAGCCAAAAGCGCGAUGAUGACGGCUUGGUUAGCAUUGACAUUGUUGGUGGCCAGUAUUCAAUAGUAUCUCAUUCAGACGUCGAUAACCUUCUUAACAACGCUAACCACGGUGCAGGACUCAAGCUGGUAGGUAGUAAGAAGACAAUCAAAUACUCGUUUCCAUCAAGAAUUUCUGCGCAAGAAACUGUAACGGUCUGCUGUGCUAUACCACGAGUGACUUCGAUGUAUGCAAGACGACAAUGGACUGCGACAUGGUAUGCCUGCCAGAGGUACAACAAUCCGAAGGGUAUACAAUUGGAAGUCUUGCAGAGCCGCAAGGUUAACUCUUACUGUCUGGUAUAA